AUGGACUACGCUUUUCCAGAAAAAUAUAUUAAAGUCUCACAGUUUUUUGACCAUGAGUUUGGCGAUAUUGAGGUAUCAACACAGCUUGACGACAAGGAGAAGCUUGUGUUCUACGCUCUUCGGCAGCAGGCAGAGCACGGUCCAUGCACAGGCGGGGCACCGUCUAUAUGGUGGACACGUGAGCGGCUUAAGUACGCUGCAUGGAAGCAACUGGGCGACAUGUCUAAAUAUGAGGCGAUGGUGAAUUUUGUUAAGAUUCUGGAGGAGCGUUUGGGUGGGUCAGUGAACUGGGUGGAGAAGUGUGGGACACUCGAACACAGCACAGAUGCAGGAAUAAAAAGUGUUACCACCCUUCAUGGAGGAGACAAAACACAUGCUUCAGUUGUGGAUACGUGGGACGAUGACUUGCGUGCCUACUCGGAACCCACUGAGCAGAAUGUACACUAUUUGGCGUCACAAGUUAUGCAGUUGCGACGUGAACUUCACCACCUGCGAUUGUCAAAUGCGGAACAAAGUACAUGUAACAGCGUUGCACUGUGUCUUGCGCAACCACCCAUCAAAGCGGUUGCGAAUAAUAAAGUCAAUUCCCGGCAAGUAGUGCUGUUGCCACCAGAACCACACACUGCAAAAAGAAAUACUUCGCCACCAGCACUGCACUGCUCGCCAACUCGGAUGACGGAGGCGGCGCUGAAAAGCUCACGAUUGACUUCUCCCACCACUCGGAAGCGUGAAAUGGGUUGGGCUGAAUGGCUUGGCCUCAACUAG